AUGAUUCUCCGAUUGCUCACCGGUUUCCUGUUCAUUCAGACCUCCCUCGCACAAGGGACUUUUGACCCGUCAACGUGCGGUCAAACGAAAGGAUGUCUCUUUGCUCCAACUGGUUGUGUGCCUUCACAGGAUUGUCGAAUAUCUUUCAGUUAUCAGGUUCAAAACGGUCAAACCCUUCAAAUGGAGAUCUCUGGUCAACCACCGAAUCCUCAAGCUGGCUUUGUGGCUGUAGGGUUCUCGAAAGAUAAUUCAAUGGGAGACGACUCAGUGAGCGCAUGCGUUUCGAAUAACGGUCAAACGACAGGACUUCUCGCGUACACGCCAGCGAAAUCGAUCACUGUCAAGAAUUCGCCUGUUCAAACGACCAUUCAAGCGAGCGCCACAAAUGGAAAUGUCUACUGUGUGCUGAGGAGACAAUUAGGGAACACUGGCGAUGCACAGAUUUUCGACCUAAAUGGAACCUAUUAUGUGCUGAUGGCUGAUGGACCGCUGGAUAAUGGAAUUCCCACGUAUCACUCGAAUAAUCGUUGGGUUUUGCCAAGGACGGAUAUCGGGAGAUACGGCACAAAUGCUUUCGGUCAAACGAUUCAGAGAGACGAUCCAGGCAGUCAGGGUGCCACAUCGGGCACCCAGCACAGCACGAACGAUAAGCUGAAGAUUGCUCAUGGGAUUCUGAUGGUUUUGGCGUGGUCGGUGUUCAUUUUCACGGGUAUUCUCUUCGCUCGACAUUUCCGCGGUCAUUGGCCGAACACGACGAUGCUCGGCGUGAAAAUGUGGUUUAAUUUUCAUCGAACGAUCAACAUGAUCGGUGUCGGGAUGACGAUUGCUGCGUUUGUUUUGAUUUUCGUCGCAAAUGGUUGGCAAUGGAGUGGACCAAAAGCCAACGCGUCAACGGCUGAAAAUCAAGCCUGGAGCUCAAUCCAUUCGAUUCUCGGUCUGCUGGCUUGUGUGAUCGCUUGGGCUCAACCGUUGAACGCUGUUUUUAGGUGCAAUCCGGAGUCAAAGGCUCGUCCAAUCUUCAACAUGAUCCAUCGAUUUUUCGGCUUUAGUGCUUGGCUGAUGGCUGCGGCGGCGACAAUGAUCGCAGUCGUUCACUUCAACGGGAUGUUCUCGAAUCGUGACGCGGCUCUUGGCCUUUAUAUUGCUUAUAUUGCGGUGGCUGGGUUGACGUUGAUCGUGCUCGAGUUGAUCUUUAUUCGAAAUUUCUUUGUUUCGCGUCGAGGUGUCGGAAAUGAGAUCGAGAUGGUUCGAGUGGGUGCCGGGGCACAAGGCAGUGGACGGGUGAUGCUCGUCCCUGAACAACUCAUUAAAAUCCAGCGUCUCCAAUUGGCCAUUCUUCUGCUCUACAUCGUUUGCGCUGUCGGGUUGGCGGUUGCGAUUUGUGUCUUGAUUGGGCUAAAACCUGGAGAUUUAGCC